CACAAACAAUCAGAGCCUGAACACAACGGUCUGUAUUUAAUCAUGGCCGAAGCCACUUCUGGUGCAGGCGUAUCUGAAAGUCGGGCAAGAUGGAAGUACUUGGACAACAUACUCCACCGGCCCGGUCCCUUCACAGACGAGGAGUGGACUCCUGGAGAGCCGCAGAUAGAAACUUUGUCUAGAGCCAAGAUUCUGGUCAUCGGUGCGGGAGGUCUGGGAUGCGAAAUACUCAAGAACCUUGCUCUUUCCGGCUUCAAGGACAUCCAUGUUAUCGAUAUGGACACCAUCGACGUCUCCAACUUGAACAGGCAGUUCCUCUUCAGGCACGCAGAUGUGGGCAAGUACAAGGCCGAAGUUGCAGCCAGGUUCGUCGAGAAACGAGUGAAAGGCGUGAAGAUCACCCCCUACUGUGGCAAAAUACAGGAUAAGGAUGAGGAGUACUACAUGCAAUUCGCCCUGAUUGUGUGCGGUCUGGAUAGCAUUGAGGCUCGGCGCUGGAUCAACGCUACCGUAGUUGGAAUGGUCGAUAUGCAGAAUCCAGAUUCGAUGAAGCCUUUAGUCGACGGUGGAACAGAAGGCUUGAAAGGCCAGGCGAGGGUCAUCUUUCCGACAAUGACCAGUUGCAUCGAGUGUCAGCUAGACAUGCAUGCACCACGUGCAGCUGUACCUCUGUGUACAUUGGCAACAAUUCCUCGACAACCGCAGCACUGCAUCGAGUGGGCGCACAUCAUAGCAUGGGAAGAAGAGCGCAAGGAUAUUACACUGGAUAGUGACGACCCAGAGCACAUCACCUGGCUCUAUCAGAAGGCUCUGAAGCGUGCACAGGAAUUCAACAUCCCAGGAGUUACAUAUUCCAUGACACAAGGCGUCGUCAAGAACAUCAUCCCAGCCAUUGCUUCAACCAAUGCCAUCAUUGCGGCAAGUUGCUGCAACGAAGUGUUCAAGAUCCUCACCAAUACCAACCCGUUCCUAGGAUACCCUGGUACCGAUAACUACAUGAUGUAUACAGGCGACGAGAGCAUCUACACUUACACAUUCGAGCACAUGCGGAAGCCCGAUUGUCCGGUCUGCAGCGAAGAGAACCUGGCAAGGCCGUUGCAGGUUGAUGCAAACUCCACUUUGCAAGAAUUCCUGGAUGGUCUCGCUGAGAGGCCGGAGUCACAGCUGAAGAAACCAAGCAUACGUAGUGAGGAGAAAUCGCUAUAUUAUCAAUUCCCUCCGGAUCUGGAGCAACAGACACGGCCGAAUCUGAUGAAGAAGCUGUCGGAGCUUUUGUCGGAUGGGGAGGAAGUUGCUAUUACUGAUCCAGCGUUCCCGCUCCAAUUCAAGUAUAAGCUGGUAUUUAAGAAAGGAUGAAUCGAUGUUGCGACAUGGAUGGGUAGAUAGAUGAAGGCUGGCAUGCAGACUUGGGGAGUCUCAACGAUACGGAAUGAAGUUGAGAGAUGAGGCAAAGUAGGCCAUAGCAGCUGCCUACCUACGCAGCUAUCUGACAGGAGAAUAUAAUCUUCGUCCACAGUUGU